AUGCCUUCCCGAACCUCGUCCUCCCAUUCGAAUCUUUCUCCUCCCACGCAACGAACACCGCUCCUCCAGCAUUCCAUAUCUAACCAGAGCGCCAGGAGCGGUCAUGCCUACCAUCGUCCCUCCUGCCAACAAGAAGAAUGCGAACAUGGUCUGCUAAGUCCGCAUGCUAGCCGUCCUACCUCUUCGGACUCCAACAAGCCCCCACAAUCUUCUUCCAAUGCCGGCAAUGCACGAGAAAACAACUAUACUCCUACACAUUUAAGCUACGAACCUCAACAUACUGAGUCAGGUAAUGGAGGUGUCUUUGGGGGAAGGCAUGCUGGAGAGACGGAUUUGAGACAUGGCAUUCUAGGAGAUGCGCUUGCGGAUGGGGUCUUUGGAUCUAGAGCGGGCGGUCAAUUGGAUGGGGCAAACGAUGGGAAAGGCGGGAGAGGAGACGGAAGUGGGGAAGGAGAUGAAGGGCCCAUGAGUACGACGCAGUGGUUGGCUAGAAGGCAUGGUGUGAAGGGAAGGAGGGUAAUGUAUCUGGCAUACUACUUCCCCUUCCUACAAUGGAUAACCCAAUACAAAUGGUCAUAUCUCCAAGGCGACCUCAUCGCUGCCCUUACCAUGGCAUCCUUCUACAUACCCAUGUCUCUAUCCUAUGCCUCCAAUCUAGGCCACAUACCGCCCAUCAACGGUCUCUAUUCUUUCGUCUUCAACCCGUUUAUCUACGCGCUGCUAGGCAGCUGUCCGCAAAUGGUUGUUGGACCAGAAGCUGCUGGCUCACUGCUUGUGGGUACGGUGGUGAGAGGUAGUGUAGACUCUGGACACUCUGGGGAUGAAGACGAUGCAAGAAACGCAGCUAUUGCAGGUGUUGUGACGGGGAUGGCUGGUGCGAUCAUAUUCGUUGCAGGGUUGACAAGGCUUGGGUUUUUGGAUAGUGUGCUUUCGAGACCUUUUCUCCGGGGUUUCAUCAGCGCAAUCGGAUUUGUGAUACUGGUUGAUCAGCUUAUACCGGAAAUGGGACUGAAUCGAAGGGCUAAACAUGAUCCAGGAGGGGUGAGCCACGGGAGUAGUGCGGCAAAGAUUGUGUUCUUGGUGACGAACGUGAAAUAUGCGCACGGAUUGACUUGUGGUGUUGCAUUUGGGAGUUUUGCCAUUAUUAUGGUUUGCAGGCAACUUAAGAAAUACAUGCAGCCGCGUUUCCCAUCCGUGGCAUACGUCCCGGACCGCUUCGUCGUCGUCGUUCUAUCUGCAGUCUUAACGUGGAAAUUCGGCUGGGACAAGCAAGGUCUCGAGAUCCUCGGGACCAUCCAAUCAAGCACCGGCUCACCGUUUCCAUUUCGGUGGCCUUUGCAGCCUUCCAAAAUGAUACACAUACAAGAAGCCAUGAGUACCUCGUUCCUUAUCGCGCUACUCGGCUUCUUUGAAUCUUCGGUAGCGGCUAAAAGUCUGGGAACCGGAGGGAGCGAAGGAUUGCAGGGUAUGUCACUCAGUGCCAACCGUGAGCUUGUGGCCCUUGGGGCGGCCAAUGUACUGGGUGGGUGUUUCAUGGCCCUACCGGCUUUCGGUGGGUAUGGAAGGAGCAAAGUCAAUGCGUCGACAGGUGGGAAGACUCCGAUGAGUAGUAUCUUUCUAAGUCUUAUCACUGUCAUAUGUGUUCUCUUCCUCUUGCCGUAUUUCUAUUACCUACCGAAAGCCGUCCUCUCAGCCAUGAUAUCCGUCGUUGCCUAUUCCCUCAUCGAAGAAGCCCCCCACGACAUCAAAUUUUUCGUCCACAUCCGCGGCUGGUCGGAACUUGCUCUUAUGUUUCUCAUCUUCGCGGCCACAAUCUUCUACUCCCUAACCCUCGGCAUCGCCUUCGGUGUCGGCCUCUCCCUGCUCUCUGUUAUUCGACAUUCAACAAAACCGCGCAUACAAAUCCUGGGCAAAGUACCAGGCACACAAGACCAAUUUGAGAACGCGGAAGAUAACCCCCAAGCCCUUGAAUUCAUCGAAGGCUGCCUCAUCGUCAAGAUACCCGAACCCCUCACCUUCGCUAACACCGGCGACCUUAAAAACCGUCUCCGGAGACUCGAACUCUAUGGUACCAACGCCGCCCAUCCCGCCCUGCCACGCGUGCGAGCACCGGAGCACAACAAAAACAUCAUCUUCGACGUCCAUGGGGUCACCUCGAUUGAUGGCUCAGGCACACAAGUAUUGACUGAAAUUGUGGACGGGUAUAUUGACAACGGUGAGAGGGUGUUCUUUUGCAGAGUGCCAAAGGAGAGCAGUCAUGUUUAUCGGAUGUUUGAGAAGAGCGGGAUAGUAGGAAGGUGUGGGGGACCGAGGCAUUUUGUCAAGAGUGUGGAUGAGGCGCUCAGGAUGACGGAGCUUGAGAGUGUGAGCGAGUUCUAUAGGGAUCAUCCAGGGGAGGGAGGGGGUUGA